AUGGAGAGCCCGAUGCCGCCGUCGACUAUUCAAGAGGCGGAAGCCCUCGUUUUGGCUCUUUAUCAGCCGGCACCCCCCCAUACGAUCGCACGAAUUCAAGAGACCCUUCAUCGCAUGCAACGAUCGCCAUCCGGCUGGUGGAUCGCUCGGGAUCUUCUAGCCCAUGCAGAUGAUAAGGUCAAGUUCUUCGGCGCCCUCACUCUGAUCGUCAAGUUGAACACCGAGAGCUCAUCUUUGUCGGGCGACGAUGCCUCAGAACUCCGUCAAAACCUGAUUGGCUGGUUUGUCAAGUCACUGGACGAUGGUUCUGGGGCCAUGGUUAUUAGAAAGCUGUCUUCAGCCUUGGUCACCCUUUUCCUUUGCUUCCCUUCUCAGUGGGAGUUGUGUAUCCGCCAUCUUUGCUGUUCUUUGUCUGAGGGAAGCGCUUUGCCUAGGGAAGGGGCUGACGGGUCUAUAAGCACAUCCCACGUUCUGCAUACACUUCAUUCUCGAAAACUCCAGGCAGCGCUGUGGUUCUCGGGGGCUCUGGUAGACGAAGCAGCCAAGGUGGAAAUGAACUCAGCAAAACACAGCAUGGGCUUAUACGAGACGAUUACCCGCAACAUUCCAGACGCACUGGCUCUGAUGUCUCACGGUCUCUCACAUCAGGUGUCUGCAGAUACCAUAGACCGCGUCAUUCAGAAAGACUCUAUCAUUUGCUUGCAGUCUUGGGUUUGGUUCUCCCAGAGGGUAUCGACACAUCACGACGAGCUCAUUCGCUCUCUACGUGAGUUGAUCCAGCCUACGAUUGCGGCCUUGGCCGAAGAGGAGUUGUACGAGGCGGCUGUCGAGCUACUUUCUGAUAUACUCUCCAACUACUCGGGUUUUCUGACGGAAGACCACUACGAAUCUCUCUUUUCCCUCUUCGAGACCCAGUGGUCUCACGAACGCUAUCAACGGCUUGUUGAGGGGGAUUUCGAGUUCGAUUCUAUCCAGUUCGGGCAGCUUAUGCUCGCUCUUGGUGAUUCCAAGGUCGAGGCUCUAAUCCACAGCAUUGAUACCCGAUCUUCACGCUUUCUAGCGCGUCUGCGCGGACUGCUCUCUGCUCAAGGAUACCCUGUCAGCGAAGACAAAAUAUUCGUCCCUGCCCUCGAAUUCUGGUCUACCUAUGUUGAGACGUUGACAGACAGCAUCUACUCAGAGGACGAAGAGGCCAAGGUUUGGGUGUCCACGGCUACAUCCCACGUUCUGGAAGCCAUCUCUGCCGUCUGGCAGCGAAUCGCCUAUCCAGCUGGUAGUGUUCUUGCUGGCUGGGACUCGGCCGACCGGGCAGGGUUCAGCGAUGCAAGGAAAGAUGUCGCUGACCUUCUUCAAUCGUCAUUCACAGUGACAGGUCCAUCAUUGAUAUCCACAUUCGGAAAUCUCACUCUUCAGUCUCUGUCGCCAGAGUCAUGGUCAAAUCUCGAGGCUUCUGCUUUCUGUCUGGGGUCUCUAGCCGAUUGUGUGGCUGGCGACGCCAGGUGCGACGACACACUCAGGGCUGUCUUUUCUUCGCCCCUGUUCGACCUGCUACAGACAUCCAGGGAUAACAUGCCAGGUCGUACACGUCAGACCUGCAUAUCUUUGAUUGAGAGAUAUUCUGACUACUUCGAGCGCGAGACGCAGAGCCUUCCGGCUGCGUUAAAUUUGCUCUUCUCUGUCUUGGCCGACCCUUUGUUGGCUGGGCCUGCAGCGAAAUCAAUCCAACGACUGUGUUUCUCGUCUCGGUCUAUUCUAGCACCCGAGGCAAGUGCAUUCCUGAGCCAGUAUCAAAACAUCGCUACGCAGAGCCAGUUAGAUUGUCUAGCUGGCGAGCGAAUCAUGGGAGCCAUUGCGGCUGUCAUACAGGCUGUGCCGGACGAAAAUUUAAGGCUAGGGCAUCUUGAGGCUCUGCUUUCCUUCGUUCAGCAUGAUGCUCGCAAGUCCAUGCAGCUGCUGUCUUUGCCUAGGCUCCCGAGUGAUGCAGCGGGCAAUGCUCUGGACAUUCAUCGUUGUUCGACGUUGACCGAACCAUCCGAACUCCCUCUCCACAUGGCCUCGAGGGCGUUGAGGUGUUUAAUUAGCAUUGGGAAAGGUUUACAGGCCCCGAGCGAUGCCCCUUACGACUUAGAGAGAGAGAAAGACUCAUUCUCGACCUCCCAAGGUUCAAGACUUGGCCAGAUACAAACAGAGAUUCUGUCCCUGGUUGCCCAGCUGCAAACCUCGUUCCCGCAAAGCGGUGAAGUGGCUGAGAGUGUCUGUAACAUCUUCAGGACGGGGUUCUCAGAAACUGAGGCUGGUCCAUUUGUCUUUCCUCCUCGGCUUGUUUGCGAUUAUCUCACCCAACAAUCGUCCCAAACACCUCGCAUUGGCUUGUUUGUAAGCACAGCCUGCUCGUUCCUCAGCUCUCUGGGAAAUAUGAAAAGGAGCGACGUGGAAGAAAUUAGAGCCAAGCUUCUGGGAUGGAUUAUAGGCCUACUUCAGCAACUGCCAGAUUCCGAUACGGAACUGGCGCAGAACGGCAUCGAGUUCACGAAUCGUCUGAUCACGCGCGAACCCGCCGCCUUAUUUCAUGCCGACUGUCUUCCGCAUGCCGAGUUUUUCUUCAUGUACACGUUGCGGGUACUAGAUGGGCGCGAACCACUGCCGAAAGCGGCAGCCGCUGACUUCUGGGCAACAUUCAUGACACUGAAAACCGGGGAUCAAGAGGCACAAGAAACGAUAGAACACGCCAUAUCCCAGCUCGGCCCGUUGCUCGCUCACUCCAUCAUCCGUAACGUGGGCGGAAAUGCCUCAAGGAGCGAGUUGGACAAGCUGAGCGAACCUCUAAAGAAAAUGGUUAAUCACCAUGUCAAAGCUCGCACAUGGCUCGAGCAAGCUCUACAUGAUCCGUCAUUCCCUGGGCAUCAAAUUUCCACCGACGAGAAGGCUGUUUUUCUCAAGAAGAUCAUCGGUCUCAGGGGUGCAAGAGGAACCAACCAAGUCGUACGAGAGUUCUGGCUUUCUGGACGGGGAUCUAAAUUUGCCUAUGCCUCUUGA